CGAAGGCAGCACAGAUUGUAAACACAGCGGAGGCGGUUCAGAGCAGAACAUUUUACUGAAAGUAUUUUUGUAAUUCGCUCCUUUAGAGGUCAUUCGAGCGCCAAUGGACACGCAGUCGUAUUUUCCCGUACCGGCUGGAGUGGCUAUGGAGGAGAAUUUCCUGUCUCUCGACGAUAUUUUGCUCUCUCAUGAGAGACUUCCUAUCCGAACAGAGUGCACUUUCCCCCGGCUUGGAUUCCUGGAGAAGUCGAGCGACUCGCAGGACAUCCCGGAGGGUACAAAGAUGGAGCUUCCUCUGUGGCUGACCAAGGGUCUGUAUGAUAGGAAGAGGAGGGUGCUCUCUGUGGAGCUUCCUAAGGUGUACAGAGAGGGCUGGAGGACCGUGUUCAAUGCUGACCCCAAUGUGGUGGACCUGCAUAAGAUGGGGCCCUACUACUAUGGCCUGGGCUCCCAGAUGCUGCACUUUGACAGCCCAGAGAAUGCUGACAUCGCACAGACCCUGCUGCGGACAUUCAUCGGUCGCUUCAGGCGGACCAUGGACUCCUCCCAGAAUGCCUACAACGAGGACACGUCUGCGCUCGUGGAUCGUCUGGACUUUCUGGAGAGGGCUCUGUUCAGGUCCGGCCAGAGCGGCCUGAACGGCUUUCAGAGCUGGGAGAAGGGGCAGGCCUCACAGCUCACUGCCUCCAGCCUGGUUCUCAACUACCGCAAGAGGAAGAUCGCUGAUGUUCAGCCCUGAGCUCGGCUCAGCAGCAGUACACUCUUUUUUUUUUUUUUAAAGCCCGUCUUUGGAGCACUUCCUCCUCUCAGCCUGAACCAUGAGGGGUGGCACAGAGACUCUGUAAGGAGCAGAAACACUUUCCUAUUUAUUUGUCACACUGUUUGCAUUAAGAAGCUUCUUUGUGACAGACCUUCAGUUGCUCUGCUUCAUGUACUUUUGAUUGUUUUUAUCAGUAAAGAUUCCAAACGUUUGCUGCUUUUUUGUUUUCUAUCAUUAUGAGGUGAGUCAUGAUAUCUUUUGUGUUUGUUUAUACUUUUAAAACCUAAAAUUAAAGCUCUGUCAUGAAGAAGGUCAUUCUAAUAUCUUAAGGCCUGUUAAUAAAUUGACUCCUAAUAAUCAAGUACUUUGUUGUACUUUUAGGGAUACAAUGGGGUGGUACUCUCUAUGAAAGUGGUUUUCAAACUUUUUAUGCCUGAGGUACUCCAAAGGGUGAGCCAAGGCUUAAAGGCACACCUGGAAAAUGGCUCAGGAGUCUCCUUGGGAAGCCCAUCCAGACCUACUGUGGCAGCUGCAGGUUCCCCUCCCCUGCCUUUUCACACACUUUCACACAAUCCAGGGCCCGGCUGGUUUCUUUGCUCUUCAGCAUGAUUGGCGCCAUGUUAGCAUUAGCUAACCUGUCCUGAGAGAUGGUGCACCUGUGCUGAGGGCUCCCACACUCACCUGAUGGGAAGUUUUUGCAGUAAUGUCUUCUAACAGUUUUUCCCCUCUGGUUUAAUUAGGUGGUUUAAUUGGCUGCAUUUGUGGGUAGUUAGGUUUAGGGUUAGGGUUAGUCCGGGUCUUUGGUGUGUCACACGCCCACCAUGCAGAAAUUAAUAAGCCCCCUUUUUUUGAUCAUUAUUAUUAUUAUUUAUUCCUUUUUUGUAGAAGAAAUCCAUGCAUAAAAAUCCAGUUCAGUAAAUUUAUCAAUAAGUUUUGUGCCAUUAGUGCAGUGGUUAUGUUCAACUGUCACAACUGCCCUGCUGUGUCCUUGAUGCUUACUUGCAUGUUUGUGAGACUAGUUUGAAUCUGACAUUUUUGUAUCUUUGUAUCCAUUAUUUUAUUGCGUAGUAAGCAUCACCUGUUAGCCUAAAACGUGUGUUUUCAGACUGAUGGAGGAGACCCAGCAGGCACAGAAGGGUUCAAACUCAGACUGUUUCCUCACAGCAGAGUCUGGGUUCGAACCUUUCUGCUGUGAUGCUGAUAUAAAUGCUUUUCAUUUCACAUUAAUAUGCUAACAGUGAAACCUUCAACUCUGAGGGAACUUGUACCUGUAUGGCAGAAGUGUAGCAGCAUCUCUGAAAGUAUGGAAACAGUAAACAAACUGAAUCUAGUGAAAUACGUUUUUAGGGGAUGUGCUGAUCUUAAAGUCUUCAGUGAAUCAUUUCAUCCAUUUUUUUCCUGCUUAUCUGGAGUCUAAGGGAGUCGAGACAUCCCUCUCCCCAGCUCUUUUUCCCAGGAUCAUUCAUUGGCCAGAUGUGUGUAUCCUGAGAUGACAAAUUGGACAUGCUAGAAAAGUGAUGACAAACACCCAGAAUGCAUCCUGAUCAGAUGUCUGUACUACCUUAAUGUGCAGGAACAGCAGCUUUCCGAGCUUUUUCCGGAUGUUCUCACCUUGCCUCUCCAUGAAGAGUGAGGACUUCCUCCAGAGGAAACUCACUUUGAUUUUCUCUGGUUCACCGUGCAGCUCAGCUGUCCACCAACGGUCUGGGACGGCGCCCCGAUUUGGGCUGCACUUAGCUGUAAUUUCUUGGUUAAUGUUAAAAAAUGAUGACUCACACAUUGGUGGGAUAAACAUUUAUGACCUAGAAUCAUUCUGGGUGCAGCUAAUAACUAAUAUCUUUAACAGUGAAUGCCAGCAGUACCAGAGGUCGCAAAUAUGGAAGAACAGGCAUGUUCAUUGUUAUUUUUCAUCCUCGGCUCAGUUUGGAUGUGAAGCCGGUAUUAAAAUGUGAUCUCACAAAGGUCUUUGGGCUUAAACGUGACGUGAGGCCUGCAGGCGCUCCAACAGUGAGUACUGUACAGAGCGUCUCCAGUGUGCAGAUCGAGGUCACGUCUGUGCACAGUGAGCAGAAUCUGUAAUAACCACCUGCCAGGCACCAAAUGCUGGUAAAAUGUGUCUUUGGUAGAAUUAUGAGUGAGGGUCGCACACCACACCACACCACAGUCAUGACAACGCUUAGAAACUGUUUAGCAAAGCUGCAGUAACACUGACCCCUGACCCCUGCUGAGCCUUCCCAAACACACCGGCACUGAGACGAGCUGAUUUAUGGACCAUCAGCAGCAUUUUCACUUCAUUGAAGUAUUUCUUUGUCACGUUUAUAGAAAUUAAUAUGAAAGGUUAAAGCACGACAGCUUUGUUUACCCACUCUGUUUCACGUGCUGAUUUUUCUUCAUUUCCUGUAUUGUGUCUAUUUCCAAACUGAUGGACUAAUGUAUUAAAGAAAUGGAUGUAAGAUUACAGCCUUGUAACCGUAUCCAAGGUCACAGUGGGGAUUUUUAUUUUUGGCUGCUUUUGCUUUCUCCUUGUUUCACGAGCUGGUGUGUUUGUAGAGUCCAGUUAUCAUAAUUCCAGUUUCAGGAAGCACUGCCAAUAUUCCCCACAGGAGAUACUGAUGUGACCACAGACUGUAUAUAAAAAAUGGGAGCAGCCAUAGUGAUGUCACCCUUUAGUGAGUGAGGCCCCUCAUUGUGUGCUUUUGCCAUCGUUUAGAGACCGGAUGGAACAUGACUGAGAAACAGCGACGCUCAUACGGUGACAACUUAUCAGUUACAGAUUAGACCCUAAAGCAUGCUCAGCUUUACUGACUAAUGAGAACCACAGUGUGCAAAAUGAGCAUUAUGUUGUAUUUAGUAAUACUUGAAAGUAGCAUCAGUAAAGUGUUUACUGAGAGGGUAAGGCAGCUGAGGGCAGUCACAGCUCAGGGUCUCAAGUCACAACUAGCAGCGAUCUGCAUGAUACUGUAUCAGAGUACUGAGCUAACCAUGAUGAAGCUACAUGAGCACUGUUAAAAUGAGAUUUAAUGGAUUGUCAGACAGGAGCGAGGAUGCUGCUGUAAUUAAAAUCUCUGAAAGCUCUGAAUCAGGUCCUCAUCGCCUUCUGCUGCCAGAGAUGCUGAUUACACAUUCUGGGAAAUUAAAGUUAUUUUUCUGUUAUUUGGGAACGUGAGCCCAAACCUUAGCCCUAUACAAAAAUACCAGCAGAUUAGAAAAACAGAGGUCGUGUGAAUUUUAAUGUUAGAAUGUUUUAUUUUCUACUUUCAUUAAUAACAUUGGAAGAAUAUGUCUACAGUUAAAGUGCGCCUUUAUGCAGAUGACACCAUACUUUACUGAGCUGGCUCUUCUCUGAGACGUAUGGAGAACCAUGCAGGCAUCACUGCAUGGCUUAAAAUUGGUUCUUAAUUUUGAAGAAACCAAAUUCAUAUUUUCCAGAAAUCUCUCCCAGAUCUCAGAGAAUGUUGGUAUUCAUACCCUAGGAGGAGACUUAUUGAAAGAAUAUACAAGUAUUUAGGCGUGUGAUAGACUUUCCUUUAACACUUAGAGAAAAAGCUGAAGGUCAUAUUAGGUUUUUAUUAGUGACCUUUAUUAUUUAUUAUUGGCCUUUCUUAAUUUAUCAGUCAGGAAAAUACUUGUACAGGCUGCAUUCUCAAGUUUUCUAGAGUUUUAUGUUUUGUAUCAAAUUUGUUGCCACUAUGAACUUUCUAAUCUGGUUUCUUGGCCUUCAUUAAGCUUGCAGAGACAACAGCAGUGAUGUGAGUAAACUCCCUUCUUGUCGGUGUUAGCUCCCAACUCCUUUGGUAGGUUCGUUUUUAGGGUUCCCAGGAUGUUUUCUGAGUUUGGUAGAACAGUGUUCUCUGAUUCUGCGCCGCGGUCAUGGAAUAACCUUCAGUGCACGCUGAAGGCUUUCGUCUCUCUGGGAGAGUUCAGAGCUCUUGUAAAGUCUUCUGUAACUGAAGAGUGCAACUGCUAUUCAUAUGCUGGACUUUGUACUUUGUGUUAUGUUACUUGAUGACUUUGACUUGCUUAAUUUUGUUGUAUGUAUAUUAAUUUUUUAUAUGUGAUUUAUAAUUUUUAAUGGUCAGGUCUCCCUUAAAAAGGAUAUUUUAAUCUCAGAGGAAUUCCUGGUUAAAUAAAUCAAAUCAGAUUAAAGGCUGUGUUGGAUCAGAAGGCUGCUGGUAGUUUCUGUGGAGCAACGCUGACCCCAGCUGGUGGGAUAAAUGCUCUGUUUAAAGAGCUCUGAUGCCGGCAGUUACUGGAUCCCUCUUACAGGAACUGUGUAUUCAAAGCUUGAAGUAGUGCUGCCAUCCAUCCAUCCAUCAUCCAUCCAUCCAUCCAUCCAUCAUCCAUCCAUCCAUCCAUCCAUCAUCCACUGUGAAAAAUUAAGAAACUAUUUCAGACUUGAACACUGCUCUCUGAGGGUGAAGCUGAGCACCAACAUGAGUUAUAUCAGAGAGUUCACAGGUGGAAAUAAUAACGUUAACAGUGGGAGUUACUCAGUGUGACAGUGAGCACAGUAACAGGCUGAAACUGGAUCAUCUCCAGUAAGUAGGAAGCAGGUAUCUUUGUGUCUUUUUAUUAAGCAUGUGUAUAUGGCCUUUAUUGCAAAAGCUAGUUGGCCUCUGUGAAGGUCUUUAGUUUGAAUUUCCUGUUUGAAACUGUAAUUAAUCAUAUUUUAGUAAAAAACUGUAUCUAUGAGUGAGCUGAGCCGGGAUUUUCCCCUCAUAGCCGAGAGCUUUGCA